CACCUUUACGGUUCACCUUGGAAUCACAAAAACGCGCACAAGGUUGAUGGAUAGCAUGCAGCAGCGACAAAUCAAUGCUGACCCAUGUGGGCCAAAAUUACAGCCUGGCCCCUGUGCUGUGAUUGGACCUGCACCAAGUUUACCCCCACCGCUAAAAAUCGUCCCACCUGAGGUUCUAAAAAAGCAGCCUGGAUUGAGCCCCACCCAAGCCACAAUAGCACCCAUUAAAGUGACGGACCAAAUGCAGUCAGGGCAGCCAAAAUCUGGGUCCAAUCCAGUGCCGCUGUCAAGCAUAAGCCGGCCUAGACCGACAGCUCUUGGGACUAAACCUGCUCCAAAGACGCCCAGAAUCUUAACGGACCCUUCCAAGGAUAUUGAUCUGAUUCCACUUUGUAUCCCUGGACCUCAGAGUGCAAACGUGCCGCAGCAUUCCCCAACAGAGUCUUCUUUACCUGUUCACAGCCCUCAGAGUCCCCACAGCCCUCAGUCCUACAGCAGCCAGCCUUACCUGAGCCCUAACUCCAGCCUCAGCCCUAAACCUGUCCCCAUCCCUCAGCCGCAGAAGAUCUCCUCACCUGGGAGCACCACACAGAGCCAAACACAGGGGGAGAAGACAGGAGGAGAGAACAAUGACUUCAGGGUGUACAUCGUCACGUGGAACGUGGGAUCGGCUGUCCCGCCAGAUGACAUCACCGCUCUGUUUGGACCAAAUGUUUCUGAUGGGAGCGUUGACAUGUUUAUCAUCGGACUCCAAGAAGUCAACUCCAUGAUAAACAAGCGGCUGAAGGACGUGCUGUUUUCUGACCAGUGGAGUGAGCUUUGCAUGGACACGCUCAGUCCUUUUGGAUACGUUCUGGUGGCAUCCCAGCGUAUGCAGGGCGUGCUGCUGCUGGUUUUCUCUAAAUUCUGCCAUCUUCCAUUCCUGAGAGGUGUGCAGACACAGAGCACACGCACAGGACUCGGAGGAUAUUGGGGGAAUAAAGGUGGCGUCAGUGCAAGGAUGACGAUGUUCGGCCACCCAGUGUGCUUCCUUAACUGUCACCUGCCGGCUCACAUGAGGAACCUGGAGCAGAGGAUGGAGGACUUUGAGAGCAUCCUGCAGCAGCAGCAGUUUGAAGGAGGGACGGCAACAGGUGUACUGGACCACGAUGUCGUGUUUUGGUUCGGUGAUCUAAACUUCCGAAUUGAAGACUACGACAUCCAUGUAGUGAAAUGUGCCAUCGACAGCAAUAAGCUGCCUCUUCUGUGGGAGCGAGAUCAGCUCAACAUGGCUAAAAACACAGAGUCCAUCCUGGAGGGCUUCAUAGAAGGGCCACUCAAAUUCCCACCCACCUAUAAGUUUGAUGUUGGCACUCAUACAUACGACACCAGUGCUAAAAAGAGGAAACCAGCCUGGACAGAUCGCAUCCUUUGGCGCCACCGUCGAACGGGCUCUCCAGUACCUACCCAUAAUGCAGCACUUCAGCGGGGUUUGACCUCUUGGUUGGGCGGGGCCACUAAAGUGACUCAGCAUGCGUACCGAAGCCACAUGGGUUUCACCAUCAGUGACCACAAGCCUGUUUCUGCACUGUUUUCACUGCAUUUCCCAUUCAAGGUGGAGGUUCCUCUGGUGGAGCUGCAUGUAAACAAGGAGUGGUGUAAAGUCUCAGACGCUGCAGUCAGAUUCACUGUUGCAUCAACAUACCAGCGCAGCUCAUGGGACUGGGUGGCAAUAUACAAGGUGGGAUUCAGACAUCACAAAGAUUAUCAGGCGUACAUUUGGGCAAAGGGAGAGCACGCAACACAAGUGACAUUUUCAGAGGAGGAUCUUCCAAGAGAUGACUGUGAAUACAUGCUGGGUUAUUACAGUAACAAUAUGAACAGUAUUGUUGGAUUGUCAACACCAAUUCAGAUCAAGAUCCCAGUCCACAGUCCCACAGCUCGUCGUUCUGACAGCUCAGACAUCAGCUCAGAAGACGACAGCACCCUUGUCCUGCUGGCUCCGAGCUCCCGCAGCCCGAGCCCCAAAACAGGCAAACACCACCACCAUCGCCACCGUCGCAGCCGCAGCCCCGCUGUUCCUGCUCUCUCCUCCAACCCCCUCCCCUCCCUGCAAGGCCUCAGCCUCCAUCCCCGCUCCAAGGAAGGCCAGACCCGCAGCCGCUCUCCCUGCUCCGCUGCUAAGAAGGAACGGCUGGUCUCCCCCGACGCUGUGCAGUCCCCCACCAUCAGCCCCCUCAGCCCCCGCAGCCCUGUGUCCCCAGGUGGAGGGGUGACUGCCCCGGAGGCUCUCAUCGCUGCCAUCAUAGGUGAACACAGACCAGCUCAGGUUAGCCCCACCGGGGUCAAACAGAUAGGAAAGGCAGGGGAAACAGACAGUUAA